AUGACUGACGAACGAAGUGUUCCAUUUCCACCCGUUCCAACAAUGAUUAAUGAUAAGGAUGAAAUGAAUAAAGAUUCUAAUCAAGAACAAGAAACUAAAUUAGCAACAGUUAAAAUGUUACUUGAAUCAAAUGGUCAAACAGUAACAGUUGCUUUUCCACUUCAUGCACCAGUCAUUGAAUUACUUACACAUUUUGCGAAAGAAUUACGUAUGUCAGCAAAUGUAUUACAAAUUAUUUUUAAAGAAAAAGUUCUUGAUACUCAUUUAACUCUUUCACAAGUUGAUGUCGAACCAAAUACUACUGUCAGCAUGGAAUUACAUUCAAAAGAUCCAGUAAAUCAACCAUUACCACCAUAUAGACCACGUCAAGAUAUUUCUAUGCCUGAUGUUAUUACUGUUCGAAUUAAUGAAGAUGUAGAUGCAAGUCGUGAUAUUGUUGUUGAAAUUGAACGAAAUAAUAUUCGAAAACCAUAUUUGGGUGGUAUGCGUGAUCGUAUGACUGGAAAAGAGUAUCAUAAUGCAAGUGCUCAAACAAUACCACCACAAAGACCUGAUAAAGGUACAAUACGUUAUUGCCGUGAUACUCAAACAAUUCAAUCAAAACAUCGUGUUAUUCAAACAACAAAUGAACAAUCAACACAAAUGAGUAAACCUGGAUAUUUCGUUUCAACGGAUAAUGAUCGUUUAAUUACACCACAUCCGUAUCAAACAGCUGAUGAAAAAUUUGAAAUUAUAACAAAAAAAGCAAUUAUAAUACAAACAUAUUUUCGUCGUUGGUUAGCUAAACGUGAUGUGAAUACAUUAAGAGUAGCAUUUGAAAAACGAAUGCAAUAUGAAUUAGAACAAAAACAAAAACAAGCUGAUGAACGACAAAAACGUUAUCAACAUGAUCUUGAACGACGUUUACAUCCAAGAACAAAAGAUGAUUUUGAUGUACUUUAUGCUGCACUUGAAAAAUGGCGUGAAGAAGAAAUAGCAAAAAUAAAUGCAACAAAACAAGGAGCAGCACGAAAAGCAGCAUUAGCAUUAUUAGUUGAUGAAGAGACGGAAUUAUUAGCAACAAUUGAUCGAUAUAAAACAGAAGCUCAAAAAUAUAAUAAAGAAGCGAAUAUACAACGUUUUCUUGAACGUGUUGCUCAACCGAAAAAAUGGAAACGUAAAGAUGGUACAACAACAGAAAUGGAAACACCGUAUUCAAUUCGUGCUCGUGAAUUAAUGCAAAUUUACAAUACAAUUACAAUGAAAUUUUUAACACUUGAUGAACGACUUGAUAUUCUUCUUACAUUAAAACAUACUGUUAAAGAACAUGAAUGUCGUCUUACAGAAGAAAUUAUUCAAUUAAUUGAUCGUGAAGCUGAUCUUCUUAUGCGUGGAACAAAAGAAGAAAGUUUAACUGGUCUUCGUGAACGUAUUUCAACAUUAUUUCUUCAAUACAUUAAAACACCAACAUUUAAUCCUGGUGUUGUUCGACAUCUUAAAGUACCACAAGAUCCAGUUUCAGCUACAGAACAGAAGACACUUUAUUGUCGUAGUUGUCAACAAUACUAUCCAUCAACAGAAUUUUCUGUUAGUAGUACCAAUGCUAAAAUUGGUAAAUGUCGACAAUGUCUUCGAUUAGAAAAUAUUGCUAAUAAACGAGCAGAUCAUACGAAAUUUAAAUUUUUACUUAAAAAGAUUGAAAAAGAAGAAUGUGGUUAUAAUGAUGGAGCUAGUUGUGUAUUCUUACUAACGGUCAGUGAUAUGGAGUAUAUGUUUAAAAAUAUAUGGGAUAGUCAUUCAGUUUUAAGUGAAGAAUCUGAUAUAUAUAAUUUAACAUUUGUUCGAUGGAAUCGUAAUGAAGAAUUUUCUCCAUGGAAUUGUAUUUUAUUAACAUUAGAAGAAGCAACUGUUCAUUUAAGAAUUGAAGAUGUUGAAACAAGUUAUAGUGAAUCAUUCUGUAAAAAAAUACGUUAUAAACAUGCGAUAUCACGUAAUCAUUUUACUAAACUUGUUGAACAUGUUAAAAACAAUCAACAACAACAAGGAAAUGGACCAAAAGAUAUGACAGUAACAGCGAUUAAAGUCGGACGACAACGUGGUACACCAUCAGCUAUGGCAAAUGCAUCAGCAUAG